AUUGUGAAUGAAUAUACCGAUUGGGAUCGCACGUCGCAACAUCCAAUAAACACACGAGACACUGCUGUCGCUGCAUUAUCUGAUGCACAGUUUGUGGCACCAAUUAUUCGCACUGGUGACAUACUUGCAGCACAAGCACCGGCGCCUAUGUCUAAUACUCAAAGUCCUUCUACCAAAGAUGGCGACUCGAUAGCCCCACCAACAGGGCGCUGUUACUUUUAUGUGUUCGAUUACCAAACAAAGGACGGUGAUUAUCCACAGCGUAUGGGUACUGUGCAUGGCGAGGACUUACCAUAUUUAUUUGGUGCACCAUUAGUUGAUGGCUUUAGUCAUUUUCCACAAAACUAUACCAAAUCUGAAAUUGCACUCUCUGAAGCCGUUAUAAUAUUCUGGACAAGUUUUGCAAGAAAAGGCAAUCCAAACGAGCAUCACAGACAGGAUUUUCUUCCAGCGUCGAAGGAACGUAGCCGAUUCCGAUCUAUCACAUGGGAUAAUUAUGAUCCCAUGCAUCAAAAAUACAUCGAAAUAG